UAAGUUGCAAUCACAUCCAAGAUUCCACCAAAAUUUCCAAAACCACUCACUCUUCUUCUGAUUCAUACACCCACCCGUUGAUGAGAUGCGAUUCCUCGAGGAACUACCGCUGUCUCCUUCUCUGAUUUCACACCUAAACCCUAAUUCAACCGCCAAAGGCUACGGCGGCGGAUGGGUCGAUAGGUGCCAUGGGUUUCUCCACAACACGGUUCUCGUCGCUGCUUCUCUCUUCUUCGUGGCGUACCUAGCUUACGAGGCGAGGAAGAGCUUCUCCAAGCUCUCGAAUCGGAGAUCUUUCAUCAUGAUCGGUUACUACGGCUCUCUUUGGCUCGUUAGCUUGCUCAAUCUUGCUUGGUGCUGCCUCCAGGGUUGGGAAUGCACUCCUGGGAAGGAAGUAGCUUGGAACCUGUUGACUUUGUUCACAACAUCUGGAAUGCUGUUCCUGGAAGUAAGCUUGGUGGCGUUUCUCUUCCAAGGAAACUAUGCAAGCGGCGCAGAAGCGUUAACUAGAACUUUCCUUAUCUCAGGGUUCGUUAUAGCUCUCGAUUUGCUUCUCAAGGCGAUUUAUGUCUUUGGAUUUGGUGUGUCAUUGUUCAUUGACAACAAUGAGAAUGUACAAAAGUACAAAUGGGGAUUAUGGGUCAUUCACAAGCUUUUACUCACUGGCGUUUAUGGGAUGAUAUUUUCGAUGUACAACUCUAGCUGGAGAGAAAGAUUACCUGCAAGGCCUGCAUUUUACAAGUACAUAACCAUCAUGUUCGCCUUGUAUGGACUCUACCUAGUUGCAUCAGCGUUUUCUGCAAACGGCGCUCAUUUUGGAUUCUGGCUGUAUGGGGUCAUGAGUGUCUGCUACCACGCGUUAUACCUUCCUCUUCUUUACGUUACUUUUCUCGCAGAUUUUUUCCAGGAAGAAGAUCUAAACUUGGAGAAUGUAUACUACUCAGAGAUGAAGGAUGCUGGCUUUUUCGAUGCUGAUUGGGAAUAGAACUUAGAGUAGUUUCUUGAUCUUCCGAAACUGUGAAUAGAAGUUUGGUACGAACGCGUAGGAGUCAAGGUACUGCCGCUUUUUUUCAAGGCUUUAGUUUUCACUUGUGCGUUUAUGAAACUGUAGUAUGUGUGCGUUUGUACUCUUGAAUAAAACAUAUAACAUCAAGGUUCUUUGUUUCUCAAACUGAAUAAUCUAAAAGAAAGCAUUUGUAGUA